GAAUCUAGAGUUACUCGCGCCUCGCGCGUUGAUAUCACUACUUCAAGCUUCAAGCUUCAAGGCCCGUUACGACGCCACGCCAACUUCUCAUAUCCCUCCUGUCUGUCCAGGACAGCGACAGUUGCCUAUACUCUUAGUCGGUUACAAACGUCUCGGCCAUCGUUCUAUGUCAUCUGGAACUCCUUCCGAGGUUUCCGAUCUAUCUAUCAGCGAUACCGAGUCUUUCGCGGACAUACACGACAUGUCGUCCCCAACAUCGCCCACGCCGGAAAGUGCAGGAUCUUCUCAGGCGACCGAGACCGGUAGUUCUGUACCUUUCGUCGAUCGAGAUUCUUCCAAUGAAACCAAGCAUCCCAAGUACUAUUUCGACGAUGGUUCAACCGUGGUUCUGGUCGGAAAAUUCAAGUACCGCCUCCACCAGUACUUAUUCUCCAGAGACUCGCCCUAUUUCGCGAAUAUCUUCGUCCAUUGCAUGCCCUCCGAGCCUCUCAAUCUAGCUGACAAGAGAUCCUCCGAUUUCGAUGCUUUCCUGUCUGUGCUGUACUCGACGUGCUAUCGCCCGCCCGAUAUCACUUCUGUGGAUGAAUGGUCGGCUGUUCUGCGCCUCGCCACCGAGUGGUCGUUCGACGGCAUUUGCAACCUCGCCAUUGAACGUCUCGAACCCAUCGCUAGCCCCAUUGAGAAGAUCAUUCUGAGUCACUCACACUCUAUUCCAGAUUGGCUCCCAGCAGCAUACGUCUCGCUGUGUCAGCGUCCUCACCCACUUACGGCUGCGGAGAUCAGAGCUAUUGAGGCGGAAGACGUCGAGGUGGUGAUGUCAGUCCGGGAGACUAUGCUUCGUGCAGGGCUACCGUUAGAAGUGAGCGAAACGAUUGCUCUCAUCGCCAAAUCCAUCAAGUCUGCUACGAAUGCGGCGACUCUCGCACCUCCCGAUCCUACUCCAGAGGUCACAAACAUGGCGGCUUUUCCACGUUCCAACCCCAUUUCAGCGACCACAAAGGCAGACACUUCCUAUUCCACCUUCCAAUCUUAUCCUAGAGAUCAAAGACACAGCGGAAUUAACAUUGGCUGAGCCCGGGACUGAGGCCGCGAAGGUUCAAAAGCUCUACCUCGAGAUUCAUCGUCGAUUCGACUCUUCCAGUCUUCUCCUCCUUGCCUCUGCAGACAGCACGCGGAAUGUCGCCUCUAGAACACUGGCACACGUUCUGUCCUCGGUAAUUCAUACAGAAGUCGCACCCCUUCUCGAGAAGAUGACACCAGAUAAUAUCGACCCCAUCGCACGCGAAAUAGCCCAAUGGAUCGAUCUUACAGCGCGGGGUAAUGAUUGUGUGACUCUCCAACAGAUUAUUGACCUAGUUUACGAUAAGGCAACGGGCGAUCGGGAAUCCGCUCGAGUAUGCAGUCUACUAUGCCGACAACUUACAGGCAAGAUCCUGGCAAAGUUCCAACAUCCUGCAGACAGAGAUUACGAGGGAGGAGCCCGGUUCCGUGACUGUCUCCUUCGUAAAUGCCUCAGAGAAGCCGAGAGCACUCGCUUGAAGAUGGGCUCGGCGACACAGGGCUCGGAAGAAUCAA